UAUCGGUGGCUAAAAAUACAAGUUUGAGUCUGAAAUAAAAAAAUGACUCACGUGUGCCUAAAAGCUAAGAAUCUUAACAAUUUAGUUACUGAAGAUCAAAGCCCAGUACGUCGUAGUUCUGAAACAACCAUAACGUAACCACCGGGAAUCCUCCGCUUCGUCUGCAACUACGGUAUUUUUAGCUCAGCGGAAGGCUUUGAAGUUUCGACGAAUGCGCAUGGGUUGUGAAAGUAGAUGACGUAAUUUUACCGCCAAUGUCGGAAACAGGUGCUCUGUUACUAUGAGGAAUAAUGCUAUUUCUCGGCUAAUUUACAAACAAGAAUUGAGGUAUGUACAAUAACACUGAGUCUAUCGAUGUUCUUCGUGAUUUUAUUUACGUUUUAACUCGAUCUUAUUGUCGUUGUUUACAGACAAGUAAAAAAGAUCGAAGCUAAUAGUCGUCCUGAAGUAAUGUCAUGCGCAGUCACUGACUUCUUAGUCAAUCGGUUAAUUAAAUUCGAUGUCCUGUUGUCUUCGGCGGAAUACAUGGAUAUUAAAUCACUGAAAUAUAAUAUUUGUAUUGGUGUUGUCAUUUACCAUUACUGGCGUUUGAAAUAAAGCAUAAGAAUCGUGCUAAAACCAGACGAAUUUAUCUCGACUUUCACUUUGACCAAACACCGGAAGUGCUCGUCGCAGAUGUAAACAACAUGGCAGGCAACUUUACGAUCGGUCAAGUCUUACCAGAGUUUCAAGAGUUAUUUGACGAAAUAUUUGAUGAUGAAGAUAGCGAUGAGUUUGACGGGUUCGAUAUUGAUGAGGAGAAUAACGACUGCGAUUUAUUGGGGUCAUUUGCUGAAGAUACCUGGAUAGAAGGCGGUAAAACUCCCAUGGGGUUUACAUUCACGGGGAAUGCUGGACCUAAGAACUUGCCUGAGCCAGAGACUGGAUCAUUAUCCAUUCUUGACUACUUUGAAGCGGUUUUCACAGACGGUAUUCUGGAUACAAUUGUCACUGAAACCAACAGGUAUGCCAACAUUUAUAUCCAAGGACAUCCAGAGCCUACUCAGCACUCCCGCUUCAAGAAAUGGACUCCAGUGACCCAUGGUGAGAUGAAGGCUUUUAUAGCAGUGGCAAUUGCAAUGGGAAUUAUAAAGCAGAUCAACAUGCAGGACUAUUGGUGCACUGACCCUGUAGUAAGUACGCCAUUUUUUUCUUCUGUGAUGCCCCGUGAUAGGUUCCUGUCGAUCAUGAGUUUCUUGCACUUGUCCAACAACACUUUAGCUGUUCCCCGUGGCGAGGAAGGUUAUACUCCUCUUCAAAAACUUGGUUCUCCCUACCAAGAGCUUCUUCAGAGAUUCCAGGAAGUCUACAAUCCUAGUCAGUGUGUAGCAGUAGAUGAGGGAAUGAUUGCUUGGAGGGGAAAUUUGAAGUUUAGGGUGUAUAGUCCGGACAAACCAAUCAAGUACGGAAUAAAGCUUUACAUGCUCUGUGACUCUAAGAAUGGAUAUUGUUCGCGAGUGGAGCUGUAUACUGGUCGUUCAUCAGAAGUCAGCGAGUACGGGGCGACUUAUGAUCUUGUUAUGCGGCUGGCCGAACCAUACCUUUUGAAAGGUUACAAGAUUUAUAUAGACAAUUACUUCAGCAGUCCAGCACUAUUUUAUAACCUGUGGCUGAAUGGUACCCUUGCUUGUGGAACGUUACGCAGCAAUCGGAGAGGAGUUCCAGACAAGAUGAAAAAUGCUCAUCCAUGCAAAGGCCAGAUGAUGGCAUUCAACAAUGGAACUUUAGUGGCAGUGAAGUUUUCCGAUAAAAAAGAAGUCUGUCUCCUAACAACAAUCCAUGAAGGUAUGUACCUAUUCAGAAAUUGCUUAUGAAUUUAUAUCAUGAAUACACUCUUGUGCAAUACAGUUUUUGACUUAAUAUACAUCACGCUUUUGGCCUAUGAUCUGCAUUUCUUUUUGGAUUACAUUGUUGAUGUCUGCAAACCUUUAUCAAUGGUAUACUAUUGAUUUGUCAGUUUUCAAAUAUUUGAUCAAUUUCAUAUUUAUAUAAUCGCAUGGCAUUUUGCUUAUAUUUAAACUCUGUGAUGAAUGAAUAAUGCUACAAGUAUUACAAGUAAGGUCUGCUACAUGUGCAUUAUUUUACUAAUUUUCUGGUAAUAUUACUGACAUUACUUUGAGCUCCCUCUGAACUAUGAAAUAUCUCUAUGUUGAUUCCAAUAUUAAGUUAUUGAUAUCUUAUGGUAAUUUUAUCAUAAGGUGUUAUUAUUUGACUUGUUAUAAAAUUUCAAUGAAACAAUAAAUUUAUCAAACUUUGUUAAAAUAUUCUCCAUAUUGCUGCUAUUUAGGAAAAAUGGUCAUCAAACACUGCAAAGAGAGAUUCAGAGGGGAACUUGAUUGCCAAGCCAGACUGUGUGUUAGAUUACAACUACAACAUGGGUGCAGUAGACAGAUGUGACCAGAUGGUGGCAUACGCUGGAUUUGACAGAAGGACACUAAAAUGGUGGAAAAAGGUCUUCUUCCACAUGCUUGGUCUUGCUGUGCUCAACUCGUACAUCUUGUACAAACAAGACAGCCAACCCAGUAUUGCACAGGAUUUUCAGACGACAGCUUGUGAGUCAACUGGUCUCUGCUGCUGAGAUCUCGGGCCCACAGCAAAAGGGGCGGAGGAGGCAAUCUGCUGAAGUGCUUCAGAGGUUGACAGCGCAGCAUUUCAUUUGCUAAUCUCCAUCAACAGGAAAGAAAGCCGAUGCCAGCAGGAAAUGUAUUGUCUGCGGUCCAGCAGAGACCGAUUUGUUCAGGUCCCAGCAUCCUGGUGAGACAGUGCCGAAAUCUUGUGGGAGGAUGACAUGUUUUCAGUGCAAGCAGUGUCAGGUAGCUCUGUGUGUUGAACCCUGCUUUGAGCUAAUGUAUUCCAUACAACUGCAGAAUUUGUGCUUACCUACAAGCGUCAGAGGAGACAGGAGGAGGAGUAAUAGCUCUUGUAGCUGAAAAUGCUGUGAAAUGCAACUUCCUGGAUAGGACAUUGGUCAUUUCUUUUCAGUAACAAAAUUUAAGAUUAUCUCCCUUGAGUAAAAUAAUUUCAAAUUAUCUCCCUUGAGUGAUAAAAUUUCAGAUUCCAUUAAUCAUUUCAGUUAUAAUUAUUGUCAUUGAUAAAAUAAAAGAUAUAUAUUGU